UGUUUGUGAGAAGCUAAGAUGAUCUUUGACAAGGUGAAGAAAUUCCUGGUGGCUCUGGACUCUUCUGUGGAGGAUGAUGGUCCCCCGGUGUUCAGCAGUGGGCACACGGUGUCCGGGAAGGUACUCUUGGAGCUGGUGGCAGACACUAAGGUGGAGUCUGUGAAGCUGCACGCUGGGGGUUAUGCCAAGGUGCACUGGACCGAGUCCCGCAGCGCAGGCUCCAGCACGGCGUACACUCAGAACUAUAGCGAUGAGGUGGAAUACAUCAACCUGCGGGAGACCCUACUGCACACAGACAAUGGCACUCUUAAUGUUCUGCCAGCAGGAAGACACGAGUUUCCUUUCACCUUCCAACUGCCUGAAAACCUGGUGACCUCUUUUGAAGGCAAGCAUGGGUGUGUUCGCUACUGGGUCAAAGCAAAACUGCAUCGUCCAUGGUCAACCGUUAAAAAGACGAAGAAGGAGUUUACCGUGAUUGAACCCAUUGAUAUCAACACUCCUGAUUUGCUGGCUCCCCAAGCUGGUACCAAAGAGAAGAUUGCACAUGCCUGGUACUGUAACCUGGGUCAGGUGUGUGUCACUGCGAAGAUUGACAGAAAGGGAUAUACCCCUGGUGAAGUCAUACCUAUCUUUGCUGAGAUUGACAAUUGUACAAGUCGCACUGUGGUGCCUAAAGCAGCCAUUAUCCAGUCUCAGACCUUUAUUGCUCGUGGUACCUUAAAACAGAAGAAAUCUGUGGUCGCUACCCUGGCUGGAGACUCUAUACCUGCAGGGAAAAGAGAGACUUGGCAUGGACGGGCUCUAAAAAUACCUCCACUUGGACCUUCUAUCCUACAGUGCCGCAUUAUUCGAGUUGAAUAUGCUUUAAAGAUGUGUGUAGAAAUCCCUGGUUCCUCAAAAUUACUCUUGGAGCUCCCACUGGUGAUUGGUACAAUUCCACUUCAUCCAUUUGGAAGCAGAACAUCCAGUGUGGGCAGUCAGUACAGUGUUAAUCUUGACUGGAUGCGUGGAACUGUUCCAGAGCAACCUGAACCACCCCCUGAAUACUUCUCAGUCGUUUCUGAAGAAGAGGUCCAAAACAUUCUUUCUCCUCCACGUCAUGCCAGUAUGGGUUGUAUCCUAGAAGGACCAUUUUAUGCCUACAUCCAGGAGUUCAGGAACAGGCCCCCUCCACUAUAUUCAGAGAUUGAUCCAAACCCAGCUGAAGCUGAUAUUCGUCCACGUUGCAUGACCUGUUGAAGGAUGACUAUGAAGAAUCUGAAUUUUUAUCUACAUUUCACUGAAAGCAGAUGAUUCUUGCUAAAGACUGAAUGCGUCCCUCACCAGGAAUGGUUUGCACUGAACCAGAGAUUGGGAUGGGAUGGACUGGAGGCCAUCUCUACAGAGAGGGAUGGAGUGGAUCCUCUUGUUACUGAGACAUAAUUGACGUGGAAAUGGAAGAUCAAGAACCACUAAUGAGGAUAUGGCAAAUAUCGCAAGCCAGCGUUUCUGCACAUCAAGGGACAAACAGUUUAUUUUCAUGUGUUGGUAUUGUGCAUA